CAGUUCUGUGGAUGAAAAGGCUCGAAUAGUAAGUGGCAAUGAUUUGGAUGCUUCCAAAUUCUCUGCGCUCCAGGCGUUUGGUGGGGCUGGGUGGGGACUUUAUGGUAUUGACAGUAUGCCAGAUCUCAGAAGGAAAAAAACUUUGCCUAUUGUACGAGAUGUGGCCAUGACCUUGGCUGCCCGGAAAUCUGGACUCUCCCUGGCUAUGGUGAUUAGGACAUCACUGAACAAUGAGGAACUGAAAAUACAUGUCUUCAAGAAGACCUUGCAGGCAUUGAUCUACCCCAUGUCUUCCACCACCCCACACAAUUUUGAGGUCUGGACAGCCACGACACCAACCUACUGUUACGAGUGCGAAGGGCUCCUGUGGGGCAUUGCCCGGCAAGGCAUGAAGUGCUUGGAGUGCGGAGUGAAGUGCCAUGAAAAGUGCCAGGACCUCUUGAACGCCGAUUGUUUGCAGAGAGCAGCGGAGAAGAGUUCUAAGCAUGGUGCGGAAGACAGGACUCAGACAAUUAUUUCCGCUAUGAAAGAGAGAAUGAAGAUCAGGGAAAAAAAUAGGCCAGAGGUGUUUGAAGUAAUUCAAGAAAUGUUUCAGAUUUCUAAAGAGGAUUUUGUUCAGUACACAAAGGCAGCCAAACAGAGUGUAUUGGAUGGGACAUCUAAGUGGUCAGCAAAAAUAACCAUUACAGAGCGGUUAUCAGUGGUUGUUAACUUACCCACAUUUAUUUUCAGUGAGUGCCAUAACUCCACAGAUCGAAUCAAAGUCAGAGUGUGGGAUGAAGAUGAUGAUAUCAAAUCCAGAGUCAAGCAACAUUUCAAAAAGGAAUCAGAUGAUUUUCUGGGACAAACAAUUGUCGAAGUGAGGACCCUGAGUGGAGAAAUGGAUGUCUGGUACAACUUAGAGAAACGGACAGAUAAGUCUGCUGUAUCUGGGGCCAUUCGAUUGAAAAUCAAUGUGGAAAUAAAAGGAGAGGAGAAGGUUGCUCCAUAUCAUAUACAAUAUACAUGUUUACAUGAGGUAUCUGUUUUACCAUUUGUGUUGCAAUUGAGUGUUUUAGAAAAUAUUAUGUUGAUUAUUUCUAAUAAUUUGGAUAAGUUUCAGAAUACUGACAUUCUUCUGUCAGGUGCAAAGUAUAACUUGAAGAGCAGCUUUUGA